AACAGCGAUAACAACCAACAACCAACAACAACAACCAAACAACAACUCAAAAGAAUCACACAAAUCCAAAGACAGCCCACGAAUGCAGCCAACAUUGCCACAAGCCGCUGGGACAGCCGAUAUGGAUCUGACGGCUGUUCAAUCAAUCAACGAUUGGUUUAUCAAAAAGGAGCAAAUUUAUUUAUUGGCACAAUUUUGGCAACAGCGCGCUACACUAGCCGAGAAGGAAGUGAACACACUCAAGGAACAACUAUCCACAGGCACGCCAGGCAGCAACAGCGAUAACAGCAACAGCGACAACAGCAAUACAACAACAGCAGCAGCGGCAGCGGCAGCGGCAUUGGCCAGCGGCGAAGAGGAAGCCACUGGAAACAGCGAAAGUGAGAGCGACAAGCUGCUGAAUAGCUCGAUUGUUGCAGCGGCCAUAACGCUGCAACAGAACGGCGGCAAUCUGCUAGCCAACACAAAUACACCGUCGCCAUCGCCGCCGUUGCUGAGUGCCGAGCAGCAGCAACAGUUGCAGAGCAGCCUGCAGAACGGCGUCGGUGGCGCUUGUUUAAAUCCCAAGCUCUUCUUCAAUCACGCACAGCAAAUGAUGAUGGAAGCGGCAGCGGCUGCUGCGGCGGCAGCAGCUGCAGCGGCAGCACAACAACAGCAGCAACAAUCGCCCAUGCACUCGCCCGUUGCUGCAACAAACAAUACGCAAGCAGCAGCAGCAGCAGCAGCAGCAGCUGCAGCAACUGCAACAACAGCAGGCGUAACACAGCAGCAAUCAGCACGCGAUCUUGCUGAGGCAACAGCAAGUAGCAAUUGCAUCGACGACGAUGGCGAGGACGAUGACGAGGAGGAUGCUUCGAUGCAAUCAAAUGUGGCGCAUGCCGAUGGUGAUCUAGACGAUGAUGAUAUGGAGUUGGAGCCGGAGCAUGUUGCUGAUGGUGGUAGUGUUGCUGCCGCUAAGUCAUUGGCAAGAACUGAUAGCAUUGGCGAUGCGAAUGCAACACAUAAUGUUGAUGAUGGUCAUCAUCGUGGUGAUGAUGAUGAUGACGAUGUUGCCGAUGUGGCUACCGAUGAGCAUGAGGAUGACGAGGAAGCUAGUUUAAAUAUUAGCAAUAAUCACAACAACAACAAUAAUAACAGCAACAAUACUGAUAGAAACAAUAGCUGUAGUCGAAAGAGCAACAACAGUGAGGCGCAACAUGUUGCACUGCGUGAUAAUAAUGUAAAUGAGCAACAUGUGGCACAUUGCGCUGAGGACGACGAUUGCACCAAUAACAAUACUAACACCAACAACAACAACAACAACACCAACAGCAACAGCAAUGAGAAGCGCAAAAAGCGCAAUGCAAGCAACAACAACAACAACAAUAACAACAACAACAAUCAGCCCGCUGUUCUAUUAGCUGCCAAAGACAAAGAGAUUAAAGCACUUUUGGAUGAGUUGCAACGCCUGCGUGGCCUGGAACAAACUCACCUUGUACAAAUCCAAAGGCUCGAAGAGCAUUUGGAGGUGAAGCGACAGCACAUAAUGCGUUUGGAGGCACGUUUGGAUAAGCAGCAGAUAAAUGAGGCACUUGCCGAGGCAACUGCAUUGGCUGCCGCUGUUAAUGCGGCUGCGACAAACAAUAACAACAACAACAACAACAACAAUAGCAGCAGCAACAACAACAAUAACAACAACAAUAAUCACAGUAGCCAGGCCAGCGAAAACAACAACGACGAGUUGAGCGCGGUUUUUAAAUCAACAGAUCUAACAUCUACCCAUCAGCACAAUGACGAUGAAGACGAUGAUGAUGAUAAUGAUAACGAUAAUGAUAAUGAUAACCAUGCUGAGCUGCGCGAUGAUGGCGAUGAUGAUGAGGAGGACACGGAUAUGGCCAACGAGCAGCAGCAUGCUGCCAUUGGCAACAAUCGGCACAACGACGAUAACGAAAAGGAUGAGGACGAUGAGCAGGAUGCCGAUCUAUCCAAUGCCACAGCCACAGCGGACAGCAAUGAGCUGAAAAUCAAAAAGGAACAGCACAGUCCACUGGAUUUGAAUGUGCUUAGCCCACAUUCGGCGAUUGCCACAGCUGCCGCGGCCGCAGCAGCCGCUGCCUGCGCCAACGAUCCGAACAAAUUCCAAGCUUUGCUCCUGGAACGCACCAAAGCGCUGGCCGCCGAGGCUCUCAAGAAUGGCGCCAGCGAGACAGCGAAUGCAAGCAGUGAUGAAAUGCCGCAACAACAAGCAGCAGACGCAGCAACAGCCGCUAAUCAAGUAACAGUAGAAGAUGAUGCAGAUGAAGAUGAAGAUGCAGAUGAAGAUGCAGAUGAAGAUGAAGCACAAGAAGCACAAGAAGCAGCAAGAGCAGCAGCCACAUCCCAAUCCAAAUCAGAAACAAUCACAAAUGCAACGGAAAAGCCUGAAAAUGAUGCAUUGACCGAGGCCAACUUGCAGCCCAAAAUCGAAAUCAUUGACACAGACGAUGCUGAUGGGGGGCCCGGCACUGAGAUUGCCGCUGGCCAAACACUGGAAGAGCAGCUGGUCAAUAGCUAUUGGAGGCGCGGCUUUGAAACAUCAACAGUAGCAGCAACAGCAGCAGCAGCAGCAACGACAACAGCUGCAGCAGCCACUGGGAGCAAAACGCCAACAAUUUAUCAAAAUGCCAAUGUGGUGCAGCAGCAACUGUUGCCGCCACCGCCGCCGCCGCUGCCGCCGUCACAACAGCAGCAGCAGCAGCAGCAGCACUUUUCUGCACAGCAACAACAACAACAACAACAACAACAAUAUCACCAACAGCAACAACAACAACAACAACAGCAGCAGCAACAUGGACCCUCGUCCACAGUGCUACUAAGUCAAUUGGUUAACUCAACUUUCUUACAUGCCAAUCACUCCUCUUGUUCCAAUUCCAAAUCCACACGCCUAGAUGCCGCAUCCCACCACCAACACCAGCAGCAUCAGCCACAGCAGAACAGCAGCAAUAGCAGCAACAGCAGUUCAGCAACCGGCAGCGAUCCACUGAAUCCACAUCAUCAUCAUGCGCACCACCAUGGCCAUCCACAUGGACAGCUGUUGCAUGCAGCACAUCAUCUGCAUCACGGCGCCGACUCGAACUCAUCCAGCGCCAAUAGCACACCCAACAGCACCGCCCAGCUGGCGGCCAGCAUUGCCAGCACGCUGAAUGGCAACAAGUCACUGUUGCAGGCAGCGGCCGCUGCCAAUGUGGCAGCUGUUGCUGCCGUUGCCGAGGAUAACAACAACAGCCUGACACCAAAUGCGAAUGCGGCUGUCGCCGCUGCAGCAAUGGCUGCCCAUGCACAGCACGCGGCCGCAUUGGGUGCACCCAGUUUUCUGCCCAAUUUGCCCAGCCUGCCGGCGUUUCAAUUUGCGGCCGCCGCUGCCGCUGGCCAGGAUCCUCGAGCACAACACUUUCGCUUCGCGGAUGCCGAACUGCAAAUGCAGCCGGGCGUCUCGAUGGCCGGUCGAUUGGGUGAAUCGCUAAUACCCAAAGGUGAUCCCAUGGAGGCCAAACUGCAGGAGAUGCUGCGCUACAACAUGGACAAGUAUGCGAACCAGGCGCUCGACACACUGCACAUCUCGCGACGCGUACGGGAACUGCUCUCCGUGCAUAAUAUCGGGCAGCGGCUGUUUGCCAAAUAUAUUUUGGGACUGUCGCAGGGCACCGUCUCCGAGCUGCUGAGCAAGCCAAAGCCCUGGGAUAAGCUAACCGAGAAGGGUCGUGACAGUUACCGCAAGAUGCACGCCUGGGCCUGUGAUGAUAGUGCCGUCAUGCUCCUCAAGUCCCUCAUCCCCAAGAAAGAUUCGGGAUUGCCACAGUAUGCUGGUCGCGGCGCUGGUGGCGAUGAUUCCAUGUCCGAGGAUCGCCUUGCACACAUACUCAGCGAGGCCUCGUCCCUGAUGAAGAGCAGCGCUGUCGCCGCACAGCAGCAGGAGCAUCAGCGUCGCCAUGUCGUCGACGAUACGCACAGCAACGAGGAUAGCAAAUCGCCACCGCAGAGCUGCAGCUCCCCCUUCUACAAGGACCAGCAGAUUAAGCAUCUGCAGCCGCAGCAGCAGCAACAGCUGCAGCAUGCCACCGAGCAUGCACAGCGCGAACAGCGCGAAGCGGCCGCCGCCGUUGUUGCCGUACACCAGCAGCAGCAGCAGCAGCAGCGGGAGCAGCGCGAACAGCGCGAGGCCGCCCAGCGUGAGCAGCAGCAGCGCAUUCGUCACGACGAACUGGGACCGGACAAGAUGGCGCGUCUCUAUCAGGAGCUAAUGACGCGCACGCCACGUGAAGCGGCCUUCCCAAGCUUUUUGUUGACGCCGUUCUUUGGCGGAGCCGCUGGCAUGCCUGGAGCAACCGCCAAUCCAUUCCCCACAGCAAUGGCCGCCGACGAGAAUAUGCGUCAUGUGAUCGAACGUGAGAUAGCCAAGCUGCAACAGCAGCAGGCAGCCAAUUUUCCCAACUUUUCAAGUUUGAUGGCACUGCAGCAGCAGGUGCUGAACGGUGCGCAGGAUCUAUCGCUGGCAAACAAGGAUAUCAAGUUAAAUGGACAGCGCUCAUCGCUCGACCAGCACAGUGGCGGCAGCAGCAGCUGCUCCAAGGAUGGCGAACGUGGCGACGAUAACGACAGAAGCUAUCCAUCGCUGUCGCACGCGGCUCGCAAAUCGGAGGGUGGCAACACACCAGCACCGCCCGCACCAUCACUAACACAGACAUCGGCGGGCAGUGGCAGCAAUUCAAAUGCAGCCAACUCAACGGUUGCCAGCGGUCAUGGCAGCAACUCGGCGGCACCCAGUCCGCUGAGCAACUCAAUACUGCCGCCAGCGCUGAGCAAUCAGAGUGAGGAGUUUGCGGCGACGGCGAGUCCACUGCAGCGUAUGGCAUCGAUUACCAAUUCCCUGAUUACACAGCCGCCUGUGACGCCGCAUCAUUCGCAGCCGCAGCGGCCAACGAAGGCGGUGCUGCCACCAAUCACCCAGCAACAGUUCGAUAUGUUCAACAAUCUGAACACCGAGGAUAUUGUGAGGCGUGUGAAGGAGGCUCUCUCCCAGUACAGCAUCUCGCAGCGUUUAUUCGGUGAGUCUGUGUUGGGAUUGUCGCAGGGUUCCGUUUCGGAUUUGUUGGCACGACCCAAGCCUUGGCAUAUGCUGACCCAGAAGGGUCGCGAGCCGUUCAUACGCAUGAAGAUGUUCCUCGAGGAUGACAAUGCGGUGCAUAAACUGGUCGCCAGUCAGUAUAAGAUUGCGCCUGAGAAACUGAUGCGCACGGGCAGCUACAGCGGCAGCCCCCAGAUGCCCCAAGGAUUGGCCAAUAAAAUGCAGGCGACGCUGCCCAUGCAAAAGAUGAUGAACGAGCUGAAGCUGCAGGAGCCGGCGCAGGCGCAACACAUCAUGCAACAGAUGCAAGCAGCCGCCGCAAUGUCGGCAGCAAUGCAACAGCAACAGCAGGCAGCUGCCGCUCAAGCUGCUGCCGUACAACAGGCGCAGGCACAGGCUCAAGCUCAGGCCAGCCAGCACCAGCAGGCGCAGCAUCAACAGCAACAGCAUCAACAGGUGCAUCAGCAUCAGCAGGCCCAACAGCAGGCGCAGGCGCAGGCACAGGCACAAGCGCAGGCGCAGUUGCUGCAUCAUCAGAAUAUGUUGCUGACGUCGCCCGGUUUGCCGCCGCAACACGCAAUCAGUCUGCCGGCAGCAGUCACCCCAAGUGGCAUCCAAUCGGUUGCAGGCAAUCCAACGGUAGCGGGCAGCACUCCGGGCAGCAACGAGAAGAAGCCAAUGAUGAUGCCGGUGCUGGGUGGUGCCCACGCACCAAAUGCAAUGCGCAGUCUGCAUCAGCAUAUGUCGCCCACGGUUUACGAGAUGGCCGCACUCACCCAAGAUCUGGACACGCACGAUAUAACAACGAAAAUUAAGGAGGCUCUGCUCGCCAACAAUAUUGGCCAGAAGAUCUUUGGCGAGGCGGUGCUGGGUCUGUCGCAGGGCUCCGUCUCGGAGCUGCUCAGCAAACCGAAGCCGUGGCACAUGCUCUCGAUCAAGGGUCGUGAACCGUUCAUUCGCAUGCAGCUGUGGCUGAGCGAUGCCAACAAUGUGGAGCGUCUGCAGCUGCUGAAGAACGAGCGGAGGGAGGCGAGCAAGCGGCGACGCAGCACUGGCCCCAACCAGCAGGACAACAGCAGCGAUACGUCCAGCAAUGAUACGAAUGAUUUCUAUACGAGCAGCCCGGGACCGGGCUCUGUCGGUUCUUCGGUGGGCGGUGCACCGCCCAGCAAGAAGCAGCGUGUCCUCUUCUCCGAGGAGCAAAAGGAGGCGCUGCGUUUGGCAUUUGCGCUGGAUCCGUAUCCGAAUGUCGGCACCAUUGAGUUUCUGGCCAACGAGCUGAGCUUAGCGACGCGCACCAUCACCAACUGGUUCCACAAUCAUCGCAUGCGGCUCAAGCAGCAGGUACCCCAUGGCCAGCCAGGCCAGGACAAUCCCAUACCCAGUCGCGAGAACACAAAUGCAACGCCCUUCGAUCCCGUCCAGUUUCGCAUACUGCUGCAGCAGCGUCUCGUCGAGCUGCACAAGGAACGCAUGGGCUUGAGUGGUGCGCCCAUUCCCUACCCACCGUAUUUCGCUGCUGCUGCACUGCUCGGUCGCAGCCUGGCCGGCAUACCGGGUGCGGCGGCUGCUGCCGGUGCAGCGGCAGCUGCGGCUGCCGCAGUGGGUGCCGCCGGCGGCGAUGAGCUCCAGGCACUAAAUCAAGCAUUCAAGGAGCAGAUGAGCGGCUUGGAUUUAUCAAUGCCAACGCUGAAGCGCGAGCGCAGCGAUGACUAUCAGGAUGAGCUCGAGCUGGACGCCAGCGGACACAACAUGAGCGACAACGAGUCCAUCGAGGGUGGCAGCCACGAGCCGGAGCACACACCCAUCACCGAAUACGAGAAGGCGCUGCAGAAAUCGGCGCUCGCUUCGGCUGCGGCCGCUGCUGCAUAUAUGAGCAAUGCGGCGCGCAGUUCGCGUCGCAAGCCGGCGGCACCGCAGUGGGUCAAUCCGGCGGGUGCCAGCACACCGACAGCGGCUGGUGUUGUCGCGAGCAACGCUGGCGUCGACAUCGGCAGCAGCAGCAGCAGCGAGCGGAUCAUCAACGGUGUCUGCGUCAUGCAAGGCUCCGACUACAAUCGCGAUGAGAGCGACAGCAUCAAAGGUGGCGGCGGCGACUCCAAUGCUGCCGAUGCCGAGCACGACGAUCACGCCCAGCUGGAGAUUGACCAGCGUUUCAUGGAGCCCGAGGUGCGCAUCAAGCAGGAAGAGGACGACGAGGACGAACAAGCCCAGCAGCAGCAAAAGCAGCAGUUAGACGAUGCAACGCCUCUCGACAGCGAUGCCGAGAAGCAGCUCAACGUGAUCAAUGAGGAGAAGUUGCGUUUGGUGCGCGUGCGGCGCCUCAGCAGCAAUGGCGAUGCCGACGAGCACUGCGCUGCUGUACAGCAGGCGACGACAGCCGGUGCGGCAGCGUCGCCGGCAGCAACAUCAUGGAACUACUAAGCUUGGAACUGGAACUGCAACUGAACCGGAAACGGGAACUGGAACUGGUAACCAGCAGCUGGCGUGUGCAAUGUUGAAGACGAUUUCUUGUGAUUAAGUUUGGCAGCGGCCCCAGAAGAAAAAUCUUUAGCCACUGGCUAAUUACGUAUCUAUAUAUAAAUAUUAUAUAUACAUACACAUAAAUGAUUGAUAUA